ACCGACACAGAAAAUGCGUGGAUUUAUUAUUUUGGCUCUGCUGGCAGCAGCCAAAGCAGAUGUGGGUGGCUAUAACUAUGGUGCGGGCAUUGGAAACGGUCCUCUGACUGGGAGUUCACUGUCAGGCGACUCAUUGUCAGACAGUGACUCAAUCGGCUCAUCGGUAGACUUUGCGUCCAACAGGCAGUCAGAGUAUGCCAACGCAGAGUUCAAUAAAGAAUUCUUUACGUAUUCAGCACCCGAGGCUGACUUCGAGGAUAACAAAAGUGUCGGCGACUUGGCUGCCUCUCUAAAGCGAAAUCUGCGUGUGCUCUUCAUUCGUGCUCCGGAGAACAAGGGACUGGAGAAUGCUGCAUUGUCGCUGGCCAAACAGGCUGCUGAACAACAGACCGCCAUCUAUGUCCUGACCAAGCAGGGUGAUCUCUCCAGCCUGGCCAAUAAACUACAGAACCUCAACCACCAGAGUGCCAAGCGUCCGGAGGUGCACUUUGUGAAAUACCGCACACCAGAAGAUGCUAUCAAUGCCCAGCGCACAAUUCAGCAGGAAUACGACCGCCUUGGUGGCUCCUCCACGUCACACAAUGGUGGUGUUGCGCCCGUGCUUGACUUUGCCUCCAAGCAGGUGGUGCAACAACAGCCACUGCAGCUCAUCGAUGAACGCAGAGCGGGCGCCAUCAGUGUGGACUCCACGGGCACUGGCAAUGUGGGCUCCAUUGUCUCCGAACUGGAGGCACCCGCAGCCUACAUUCCACCAGCGGCAACGUCGCCUGGCGCCACCUAUUUGCCUGUUAACAAGGCCAAAUAGGAGCGAAGCAGGCAUCGCUCCCCAACAAAUUAACCAAAUUGUAUUUCUAAGUUUGCUCUGUUAUAAAACACAAAUUUAAUUUUAAUGUG